GUGAGUCCUUGGAAGGCUUUUUUAUCAGAUAAACACUUAUUUUCAGACUGAGACAUAGAAACGUUCUUAGUUAUCCAUACUUCUAUUUGUUCCGUUUCCUUCUUUAGCUGAAUUAUCAUCUUACUUCAGUAUCUGUUUGUGGAGUAAAUUUAAACCCAAUUGAGGUGGAGGCUGCAGUGGGUUCAAAACAAUAAAUACUACAAGGAAAAAAGAAACCUAUUCCAGCGUCAUCUUAACACACCUGCUUAAAUUGCCACAGAAAAAUAUACAAUACUUUUGCGAUGGCUCGCUUUAAGCAAUCAUUCAAGUUGGGCUGCAUUUUUUUGUGUUUGUCUCUACAGGGUUAUAAUAUAUUUUCCAUAUUUGCUUAUUAUAAUGCAAACAAAGUACCUGCCCAAAUACAUUUGCACCCAAGAGCUGAAAUAAAAAUGCAAACUAAUUGCUCAGUGACACCUAAAAUGACUUUGAUAUCCAACAAAUUUCUCUUUACUAUUCUACUGUGGACAUGGCCUUCAAAACACACCUUCCCUCUUAACCAAUGUCCUCCAUUGGUUGAUUCAUCUGGGUGUUUCUUCACAAUGAAUAGAAGCAUGUAUUUGGAAGCAAAUGCUGUUGUUAUUCACCACAGAGAUAUAACUUCAAAGAAACAAUUACCCCCAACUCCAAGACCUUUGAAUCAGUACUGGAUCUGGUUUAAUAUGGAGCCCCCAGAACAUCUGCGUAAGCUCACCAUUAUGGACAAUAUCAUAAACCUGACUAUGUCCUAUAGGAGUGAUUCAAACAUCUUUACCCCUUAUGGUUGGUUAGAAAGUAACAAUGAAGCAAAAAAAUUCACACUUCCCAGUAAAUCCAAAUUUGUGGCAUGGAUAGUAAGCAACUGGAGCCGCAAACAGAAGAGAGUGCACUACUUUAUCAAACUAAAGAAACAUCUUCACGUUGACAUCUAUGGAAAGUAUCAUAUGCCUUUACCAAGAAAAGACCACUUUUUAAUCCUCUCUAAGUAUAAAUUCUACCUGGCUUUUGAGAAUUCUGUUCAUGAGGAUUAUAUCACAGAGAAACUCUGGUACAAUGCAUUUUAUGCAGGAGUAGUACCAGUUGUACUGGGUCCACCACGUAAAAACUAUGAGCGCUUUAUGCCUCCGGACUCAUUUAUUCAUGUGGAUGACUUUUCAUCCGCACAAGAGCUGGCUGCCUAUCUUCUACGUUUAGACAAGGAUGACCAAAGAUACCGACAAUAUUUUAACUGGAGGUCUCAUUAUGCACCUGCAGAAAAGAGGAAAACCUGGAUAACGGAAUAUUGUAAAGUUUGUAAAACACUGAAGGAGGCACCGACUUAUAGGGCAAUUCCAAGUAUUGCUGAAUGGUUUAAGUGAUUACAUAAAAUGCACUUUUUUUAAAGAUAAUAUUAGUCACUUGUUAAUUAUGCAUGAAGAGGUUAGCAGUACACUAAAUCUGAUGGCGCUCUCAAGCAAUUGCCACCUCAUUCCUUUAAAACAGAAUGUAUAUAAAUUACGCAGGUUGUCUGUGAAGGUUCUUAUUAUUCCAGGUCAUGGUAUAACUAGUAUUAACAAGUCACAUUCAACUGGACCUGACCUGUAGUUUUGGAGAUGUUUCACAG